UUUGCUGAGUUUCUGGCUCGCUGGUGUGGCAGGCGGCCUCGCUGUGCAAGUCCCGAAGCAGAUCUGACCGUUCCUCGCCGCCGGGGUCUGUGGGCUGGGCGGAGGGAGGUCUCAGGAUGCUGGCCGCGGCCUGCGGGAUCCUUCCAGUCCGCUCCUGGGGUCGCCGUCCCGGGGCAGAGCAGGGUCAGGAAUAGGAUGGAAGGAGACUCAAGCAAAUUUAAAACCCACACUGCGGUAUUUUACAAGAAAAAGAAAUGGUCUUCUGUGUCUGAAGAAAAACCCCAGAAACGGGCUCAUGAGAACUUGGAAAGUGAGCAGCCUCGAUUGUCCAAGCUGGGGAAGAGGAAGAAGAGGAGGAAAGAGUCCCAGACUCCAGCCCAGGAGAGCUUAGAGAGUGAGCAGCCUCGGAAAGCCAAGAGGAAGAAGAAAGAGUCCCAGACUCCAGCCCAGGAGAGUUUAGAGAGUGAGCAGCCUCGCAAAGCCGAGAGGAAGAAGAGGAGGAAAGAGUCCCAGCAGCUUACUUCUUCCCUUCUGAAAAAUUCAGAAAAUUUCCAUAAAAUCAAAAAGACCACUUCCACCCGCAGAAAGAAAAAGAGAAGUGUUUGGGAGGUGGAUAUGGAAACAGGGGUCAUCCUUGUAAAUAAAGAAAACAUGGAGAAGCUGCCAGAGAGUUCUCGGAAGGAUGUGGAUAUUGUUUAUAUUGAUGUGGGCAGGGGACAAAAGUCAGCAAAAGCAGGUGAAACCGAAGAGCUGCCCACUGCUGGGUUGCAGAGACUUGACUGUCAAGAGCUGCACAGUGAUGUUAGGAGCAAAAAGAAGCAAAAACAUCCAAAGAAAGCUGCAUCCUGGGGUAGUGUGCGGGCCAGCCAGCCUGAGAGCAUCACCUUGCCCCAGUCAGAAUCUUUGUCGUCUGUGGAUCUAGAAGGCAGAAGCACAGAUCUAGCAGUGUUUCAUAAAAAGAAGUCUAAGAAAAAGAUGUUGAGGAGCCAGGAAUUGGAGGCCAUCCCUGGGAGUCUUGAUAGUGCGCACCCUGCAGGAGAGGUUGGGACUGGAGAAGAUGAUGAGAGGGUCAAAGAGCCCCACAGUAUCAGGAAAAAGUCUAAGAAAAAGAAGUAUGCAUCUGAUGUUCUUGCCAGCUCUAGUGACAAUGCCUCAGUGCUUGACAAUGCUAAGAAUGCCCUCAUGGAUUCCCCAGAGGACAGUGACACUUUGAGGGAAGAGGAUGUGGACUACAGGCCAAGGAUGGCAGAAACCCAGGCUCUUUCCAGCCAGAACCAUGGGGAAGAGAUGCAGAGCUUACGACCUACUCAUGAAGAAGAAAGCAAUUUGGAAACAGCCAGCAGUUCUGCAAUGAGAUACAUAUCUGAAGAUGGUGGAGAUUCUGAUGAAUCUGAUGUGGAUUUGGGCUCUGCGGUGAGGCAGCUCCAAGAAUUCAUUCCCGACAUACAGGAAAGGGCAGCCACCACGAUCAGACGCAUGUAUCGGGAUGACCUGGGGCGCUUCAGAGAAUUUAAGGCACAAGGUGUUGCUAUUAGAUUUGGGAAAUUUUCUGUUAAAGAAAAUAAACAAAUAGAAAAAAAUGUACAAGAAUUCCUGUCCCUGACUGGAAUUGAGAGUGCAGACAAGCUGCUAUACACAGACAGAUAUCCGGAGGAAAGGUCUCUGAUCACCAACUUAAAACGAAAGCAUGCAUUCAGACUGCACAUUGGGAAAGGCAUCGCUCGGCCCUGGAAGCUUGUGUACUAUCGUGCAAAGAAGAUAUUUGAUGUGAAUAAUUACAAAGGCAGAUACAAUGAAGAAGAUACUAAGAAGCUGAAGGCAUAUCAUUCCCUCCAUGGAAAUGACUGGAAAAAGAUUGGGGCCAUGGUGGCCCGAAGCAGCCUCUCGGUUGCCCUAAAGUUCUCUCAGAUUGGUGGUCAUAGAAACCACGGUGCUUGGAGUAAGGCAGAAACUCAGAGACUAAUCAAGGCUGUGGAGGAAGUGAUCCUAAAGAAAAUGUCUCCCCAGGAGUUAAGAGAACUGGAUUCUAGACUCCAGGAAGACCCUGAAGGUCGCCUGUCAAUUGUCCGGGAAAAACUCUACAAGGGCAUAUCAUGGGUGGAAGUGGAAGCUAGAGUGGAGACCAGAAAUUGGAUGCAAUGCAAAAGUAAGUGGACAGAGAUUCUUACCAAAAGGAUGACCCAUGGUGGCUUCGUGUAUCGUGGGGUCAAUGCUCUGCAGGCCAAAAUCACCCUUAUUGAAAGGUUGUAUGAACUAAAUGUGAAUGAUGCUAAUGAAAUAGACUGGGAAGACCUUGCUAGUGCCAUAGGGGAUGUCCCUCCACCUUUUGUUCAGGCAAAAUUUUAUAAGCUGAAAGCCGCCUGUGUUCCUUUUUGGCAGAAAAAGACUUUUCCAGAGAUCAUCGACUACUUAUAUGAGACCAGUCUGCCUUUGCUGAAGGAAAAGUUAAAUAAGAAGAUGGAGAAAAAGGACAGCCAGAUCCAAACACCCUUGGCUCCCAAACAAGACUUCCUGUUCAAAGACAUCUUCUAUUACGAUGAGGACAGCGAUGGGGAGGGCUUAGAGGAGCCCGGUGCCUCGGACAUGCAGUGACGAUCUCCUGCCUCUUCCCUUGGACUGGUCUCUGUUCCCUUGGACCUCUAGCUGUGCAUCUCCUAUUCUGGAUAGACUGCUGGUGGCCAUGGAGCCUGCUUCGUAGGGGGCUCUCCUAUGCUGGCCACCAGAUUUCAUGGUGUUCUGCUGGAGUACUAUGUUCUUGGUAGAAGCCCAGCCCUUAGUCUUGGAAGAGUAUUCAGCUGGAGCACAGCUCCCACUAGAUUCUCAGAACAGGGUGAACGGGACCUCUUCCAUCACUCAGGAAAGCAAAUCCAGCUGUAGGUGUUUCAGAGUGAGAACUUAGGGUUUAGGUAACAAAAAGUGUUCCACAAGAUCUUUGUGUGGUGAUACGCACUGCACUGUGGAGAGGUCAGAGUGUAGGUAGAGAGGUCAGAAGAUCGAACCUGGGCUACAUUGUGAGACCCUGUCUCCAGCAUAUGCACACGCACGCAUGCACGCACGCAUUGUUAAGUGGCAUGCUAGAGCAGCCUCCAAAAGGAGAAGUGCAUUGUGCAGAGAGCAAGCAGGCGCUGCAGAGAAGCUCUGUAGCCCUGCAGGCCCCCACUUCCUCAUGUUUCCACCAGCUGCUCCCUCCCCAUAUCCAGGCUGCCCACAGCUGCUGCCCUGCAAAGAAAUGUGUCCAUGUGUGACCCUUAGCAAAAUUCUGCUGCAAGGGAGUCUGGGACACCCAGUGUUCAGAAUUGUCCCAUCUGUGCUGAGGAACAUAGAGAAAGGAAAGUGUGGCUGAUGAAACUGCUGUCCCCAUUGAUGCCACUGAGCAAUCGACUGACCCCCAUGAACUCUCAGAUGUCAUUUCUGUGGCACCAUCAGAAGGUGGGCUAGACCAGUCACAGUGAGAAGGAGGCACACUAAUGGGAACUUCCUGCCACUGUACCUCAGCACUUCCAUGCAAAUGUCAGUGAGUAAUCAGGGUGCAUGUAACCAGAAUUCAGGUGGGGACAAGAGGAUUGGGAAUUUAAGGUGGUCCUUGCAAAGAGCAGGUUCUAAGCCAGCUUGGGCUACAGAAGACCCUAUCUUGAACAAACAUACAAACAUUGAAUAAAUGAUGUUAUUUUACUA